CUGGCCAGGGCCGGCAUGGCGGGCAGCUGGGCGCUGGCGCUGGGCUUGGGGCUCUGCCUCACCGCGUUGCGCCAAGGAGGCUGCCACCCGCCUGGCGCAGCCACGGCACCCCAAACCGCAGCUGUGCUGCGGGAUAAUUUCCGCCUGCAGCCGGGUGAUUUGGUGGCCACGGCGGGGCAAGCGUUGGAGCUGGAUUGCGUGCCACCCUCGGGGCACCCCGAACCCCACGUCACCUGGAAGAAGGACGGGGUGACCUUGGACUUGACCGGUGACCGGUACAUGGUCACCAAUGGGAAGUUGCGGGUGGCACCAGCGCGACGGAGCGAUUCCGGGCUCUACAUCUGCGUGGCGGCCAAUGCGGCAGGCAAGAGGGAGAGCCGGGGCGCCCGUGUCUCCGUCCUGGAGAAGCCGACCAUCGUGCGGCGCCCGAGCGACACCGUGGCGGUUGCCGGCAGCACCGUGGAGCUGGGCUGUGGCGCCCAAGGUGACCCGGCACCGCGGGUGCAGUGGCACAAGGAGCGUGGGGACCUGCCCUGGGGCAGGCACGAGGUGGACCCGGAGUACACAUUGCGCCUCUACGCCGUGACGCCCGCCGACGCCGGCACCUACGUGUGUACGGCACAGAGCCAGCUGGGCACCGCUGCUGCCACCGCCCGCCUCCACGUGGAGGACCAGCUGCCGACGGGCCGGUGGGAGGCUGCGCCACGGGACCUGCUGGCCGUGCGUCUGCACCUGGACAACGGCACCGCGCUGCCCACCGCCGCCAUCCGGCUCCACUGGCGGAUGUUGAUGCCAGCGCCGGUGCCGGAGGGCUACAUGGUGCUGUACCGCUGCCUGCUCCCUGCCAGCACCUCCUGGGUCCAACACGACGCAGGCAGGGAGCUCAGCACCAUCAUCCCUGCGCUCCGCAGGGGCUACAAGUACGAGUUCAAGGUCCGACCCUACACUGGAGGGACCCAAGGCUUGGACAGCAACAGCAGGCACCUCUGGAUACCCGAGGAAGUACCAAGUGCGGCGCCCCAGCACGUCACCGUGGGCCAGGCUGAGACGGGGAACGGCACCGUGGUGGUGACCUGGGAGCCACCUCCUCCUGAGGCCCACAAUGGCAUCAUUCGGGGCUACAAGGUCUGGUCAAUGGGAGAGGGCUGGCAGCACCCCACUAACAGGACAGUGGACGGAGGCACCCGCCGCCUGGAAACCCUCCUCCCAAGCUCUGGGGCCGAAUUCUGCGUCCAGGUGGCGGCUUUCAACAGCGCAGGGCUGGGGGUCCGCAGCAAUGCCACCUGCAGUGUCCUAGGUCUGACGGCGGGGAGCAAUGGGGUGGUGCGGGUGCUGCGGCAGCCCGCUGUCAUCGCGGCUGUUGGCUCGCUGCUCUGGUUGGCCUUGCUCGCCCUCCUCCUCCUCCUCUGCCAGCGCCGUGCCAGCCAAGACGCCGCGGCUCGCCACAGGCUGGUGACCGGUGACUCACCGUGGCUCAGUGGCCCCUGGAAACCCGGCUGUGCCCCCCAAAACCUCAGCAGUAACAGCAGCCUUAGCAGCCGGCUCCUGGGCAGCGACGGCAGGGACCCCCACCCCUCCAGUGAGACCCAUGGGAGCUGGGACCCUCACCCAGUGCCAUGGGAUCCCCACCCCUCCACUCUGUCCUUGGAGCCGCCGAGCCUCGGACCCCCCACGCCCCCCAACCGCAGCAGCCUCCGUGGGGGGCACCCACCGCCCCUUGGGGACACCGGGUGCUGUGGCGGGGGGCACCCCGGGGUGCACACCUCGCCCAGCACCCCAAACCCAGCACCCUGGGAGCGCAUCCGCAAGCGAGAGCUGCACCAAGUGCACAGCACCCCGGUGCUCGCGGGUGGCCCCGGCUACGUCCCAGUCACCGGGAGCAGAGGUGAGUGGGGGACAGAUUUUGGGCUGGCAGCCGGGUGGCCUCAGCAAAGGGGACAUGAUGGUGACACUGACACCGCCCUGAUGGCCGGAGGGGACCCACGGCAGCUGCCGGUCUUCAGCUCCCCGAAACCGCGGCGGGGCAGCGCCUUGCUUUCCUCCAGCGUCACCGGGUCACCAGUGACACCCCCAAGACCACCCCAUGCAUGGCACCCGCCAGUGACCCGGUCCCCAGCCCCCGUGUGCCCCAGGGACACAUCCCCAGUCACUGGGAUCCCCAAGGACAUGUCCCCGGCCACCCAGUGCCCCAGGGACACAUCCCCGGUCACUGAGAGCCCCAGGGAUGUGUCACCGGUCACCAGGCGCCCUAGGGACAUGUCGCUGGUCACUGAGCACCCCAAGGACAAGUUCCUGGCUACCAGGCACCCCAAGGAUGUGUCACCAGUCACCAGGCAUCCCAGGGACAUGUCCCCAGCCACCAGGCACCCCAAGGACCCAUCACCAGCCACCAGGCACCAGAGGGACACAAUCUCAGCCACCAAACACCCUGAGGACAUGUCCCCGGUCACCAGGUGCCCCAGGGAUACGUUCCCGUGCAGCAGGUACCCCAAGGAUAUGUUACCAGCCACCAGCCACCCCAAGGACACAUCUCCAGUCAGCGGGCACCCAAGGGAGACGUCCCCAGUAAUGAGGCUCCCCAAGGAGAAGUCCCCAGCCACCGGGCACCACAGGAACAAGUUCUUGGCCACCAGGGACAUGUUCCUGUCCAGCAGGUACUCUGAGGACAUGUCACCAGGCAUGAGGCAUUCCAAGGACACUUCCCCAGCCACCGGGCACCACAGGGACACAUCUCCGGUCAUCAGGCACCCUGAGGAAAUGUCCCCAGCCCCCGGUCACCACAAGGACAUGUUCUUGGGCACCAGGUAUCCCAAGGGCAUGUCCCCAGCCACCAGGCACCCAAGAGACACAUCUCUGGCCACCAGAUACCUAAAGGACAUGCCACCGGUCACCAGGCAUCCCAAGGACACAACACCAGCCAGCGGGCACCCAAGGGACACAUCCCCAGUCACCAGGCACCCUGAGGAGGUGUCCUCAGUCACUGGUCACCAGAGGGACAUCUUCUUGGGCAACAGGGACAUGUUCCUGGCCACCAGGUACCCCAAGGACAUGUCCCCAGCCACCAGACACCCCAGGGACAUGUCCCCAGUCACCGGGCGCCUCUCGCCGGCAUUCAGCGAUGGGGUCCUCACGCCGCAGAGGGUGGCUGAGGACCUGGAGAUGGACCAGGGCACCACCUGCCCCAGCCCCCCAGCACCGACCACACCACGGUCCUUCUCGCCGCUGCACACCUACGGCUACAUCUACGGGCCACCAGCCUCUGAGCUGGGCGAGGAGGAGGAAGAGGAGGAGGAGGAAGAGCGGCAAGCGACAAGGGGCUCACCGGGGGGGUCGCUGCUGAACGGCUGGGGGUCCGUCUCGGAGGACAACUUCGCCAGCGCCCGCUGCAGCUUGGUGAGCUCCUGCGAUGGCUCCUUCCUCCUGGACGCCAGCUUUGCCCGGGCACUGGCAGUGGCCGUCGAUGGCCUCUGCUUCGGCCUUGAGGACGCCGACGGGGGCUAUGGGGGUCCCUCACUGCCACCAUCACCCUUAGAGGGCGUCUUCUCACCCGGGGUCCCCAUCCCCACCUGGGACUGGGGGACAGUGCUGGGGAUCCCACGGAGAGCUGGGACAGAGGCGGCCACGGGCAUACCGCAGCACAGUGGACACGGGUUGGGGAGCGGCAGCCCCUGGGCCAGGGCAGGUGGCGAGCCGGGGACAGGAGGGACAGGAGCGUGGCGGUCGCCAGGGUGCAGGACGCGGCAAGGCCAGAGUUCCCUUGGCUCAGCUAAAAUCCAGCUUUAUUAAGUGGUUCCCCAAAAAGGGGCUCUUUG